AUGUCCCGCUUCGAUACCGUCUCGAGGACGGACAGCAAGGCUGGCUCGACCCUGUCGAGGAACCAGAGCUUGAUCAAGAAGAACACUGCUCCUCAUGAGCUCAAGCCCUCCGACAUUCUCAUCGAGCGGUUCACCGCCUGGAAGCAGAUUGUCAAGAUGCUCAUCUCCUACUUUGAGGGCGUCGCCGACAUCGAGGCCAACACCUCCAAGGAGCUCACCAAGCUCGGCGCGGUCAUCCAGGUCCCCUUCAGGCCCGGAAACCAGUUCCUCGGCGAGGGCGGUAUGCAGGAUGUCUUCUACACCAUCCGCGACAAGACCAGGCUCAUUGCCGACUCGCACUCGUCCCUCGCCCGGACCAUCGAGUCGUCCAUCGUCCAGCACCUCCAGAAGCUCCGCACCGAGAUCAAGGCCCACAUCAAGAACGUCCAGAACGACACUGGCAAGCUCGCCGCCUCGGUCGCCCGGGAGCGCGAGAUGUCCACCAAGUCCAUCGCUGACCUCGCCCGCGCGAUCAGCUCGGUCAACCACACCCCCAUGCAGGUCGGUGCCAAGGAGGACCCCUUCGCGGUCAACAUGGCCGUCAUGAAGCAGCUCCAGAAGCAGGUUGCCGAGGAGAACGCCCUCCAAAAGUCGAUCGUCAUCAUGCAGCAGAACUCUGCCCACUUUGAGGAGGGCAUUGUCCGCUCCAUCCAGUCUGCUUGGCAGACCUUUGACGAGUGGCAGUCGCGCAUGUCCACCUCGGUCCAGGAGACUUGGCGCCACCUCGGCGUCAACAUGGCUCAGCUCAUGCCCGACCGCGAGUGGAUCUCGUUCGCCGCUCGCUCGGACCACCUUCUCGACCCCGAGACCCCCCUCCGCAACCCGGACAACAUCGACUACCCGGGCAAGAACGACCCGUCGGUCCUUCCCGUCCACACCGGUCUGCUCGAGCGCAAGAAGCGCUUCACCAAGUCGUACAAGGAGGGAUUCUAUGUCCUUACCCCCGCCGGCUACCUCCACGAGUACGCCAGCUCGGACCCGUCGACCGCUACCCACCCGGUCUGGUCCCUCUUCCUGCCCGCGUGCACUCUCGGCCCCCCGUCCAGCGCGUCGACCGCCAAGAGCCACAAGUUCCACAUCGAGGGCCGCAAGGACGGAACCUCGUCCAUCGGCAAGACCCCCAGCGGCAAGCUGUUUGGCGGUGCAAGCGAGACUGCUUUCACCUUCCGCGCAAGGAGCCACGAGGAGAUGAUGGAGGUCUGGAACGACUUGAGGAUGCUCGUCGCCAGGUACCUCGUUGCUAGCGAGCAGAUGGAGAGGGAGGGUCCCGUUGCCCAGGCCGUCCGCUCCGUUGGAUACCGCUCCGACGAGGAGGAAGAGGAAGACGAGGAGGAGGAGGACGACGAGGAGGGUUCCUCCGUCGAGGCUGAGGACGACGAGCACGUCGAGCAUGACGCCAGCCACCUCGUUGCCGGUGACGACCACGCCGACCAGGAGCACGAGGACGUCCCCGCCUACUCGCACGACAAUGCCGAGUCUUCCGGUGUCGAGGUCGGCCCCAACGGCUAUGCUCUCGAAAAGAAGGAGAAGCCCGAAGGCGCAGACAAGCCCCUGACCCGUCGCGAGGAGAAGGCUCCCGCAAAGGAGGAGCCAACAACCGGUGAGGAACUUUCCUCCCGCUCCGCCCCCGCUCUCGGCGCCUCGAUCCCCGCCUCCGGCACGCCCCACUCGACCGACACGACCCACACCGUCGGUGACAAUGCCAGCGUCAAGGCUCCCAGCACCCACGGUGGCAAGGCCCAAAGCACCCACACCAAGGCGUCCAGCCACCACGGCAAGGACCUCGGCAGCAAGGAGGAGGCGGAUGCCAUGCUCGGCGAAGUCCCCCACGCUCCGGGAACCGACUCUGCCGGACCCGACGCCAUGCCUGAAACCCCCGACGAGAAGAAGGGCGGCUUCAUCUCCAAGUUCACCGAGAGCUUGAAGAAGUAG